CCUUCUCUUCGCCGUCGCCGCUCAGCGUUAUGCAACGGCCGUCCUGGGGGCUUGUGCUGACCCGCCUGCUCUUGGGUUUGUCGAUGCUGUUGCUGCUGCCUCAGGGAACGUUGGUGUGUGGAGAGGCCUGCAACAUGGCUGACUUACCAAACUUUACAUUUUCUGAGGUGUAUGAAGAACUUACUGGCUUUGCUGUAAUAUACCAAUGCAUAGAUGGUGCUGUAAGAUUGCCUGGUAAAAGCACCGUCACUUACUGUCUUGAUGGUUCCUGGACAAAGUUGGAAGAGCCAUGUAAACCGGUUAUAUGUGAAAAUCCAGGAGUUCAAAAUGGAAUAGAAUUAAGUGGAUUAAGAGAUUCAUAUACUUACGGCAACAGUGUUACACUUGAAUGUAAAACUGGAUACUUCAUGAUUGGAAAUCAUUACAUUCUCUGUGAGAAGAAUGGUACUUGGGUCCCUAAAGUGCCAUCCUGCAAAAAAAUUACUCCACAUAUUUGUGGUGCCCCAGUAGUGUCCAAAGGACAUGUAUAUCCAUUGCUAUCUGAAUACAAUGUUGGAGAUGUCAUUGAUGUGUACUGCAAUCAAAACUACUCUUUCAUUGAUGAAACCACAAAGAUGAGUGUGCGAUGCCAAGGCUACAAUCAGUGGGAUCCUUCUAUACCACUGUGUUUGGCAAAAGCAUCACCAGACACUUCUGAAUUCUAUAUCCAUAAUGGAAGAAUAACGAAAGGGGUGAAACAAUACUAUACCCCUGGAGAUGAAAUUUCUAUUCAAUGUAAUGCUGGGUAUACUUUGUUCGGGCCAUCUACGAUUACUUACAUUGGUGGGAGUAAAUGGUCACCUAAUAUUCCAGUUUGUAAACUGAGUAUUUUCCUCAGAUUGCUUAUAGCUGCAUGCAUAUUGCCUGUAGUACUCGUGGCAAGUAAAAUGGUUCAUAGGAAAUGUUGUUCACAAGAAAGAUUUUUAAUCAGAUUUACCCUAACACCUCCAUUCCCCAGCAGCCUAAUGGUAAAGAGAGAGCAAGAGAGAGAGCAAGAGAGAGCAGCAACCAAAGAAGGCAUUUUGUUGCCAGAGACCUUGGAAGAGUCAAUGGCAAAAUUUGAGCUAGAACACCAGAAAGAAAAUGGAAGGCAGCAGGAGAAGCUAGUAAGUUUUAGUAAGCUUCCCAUUAAUACAACCAAGGAAGCAACAGAUGAAGCAAACCCAACAUCAUCUCUGCAUGAGGAGGGACCAAUCAGUGAAAGCAACUGGGUAGAUUCUGCUUAUUUUCUCUUUCUUUUUCUUCUUGUUCUUUUGACCCUGAAUACCCCUAUACAUGUUAAAAGACAGAGGCAGUCCUCUGCUGAGAUGCUCAGCAAAGGCCACUGCACCAAAUGUACAAGUAGAAUUUCAUAGUGCUGUAUCCCACAGGAAACCUCUGUGUGAGUCUCCUUUUUCUCUUGCGGACUGAGCGUAAGACCCUUGACACUACAGGUAAGUGUUACUAUAUGUAUUUUUAUGGCGCAUAUCAUGCAGUAGCCUAUUUUGAAAUGGCAAGAUUUUGACUCUAUAGCCAUAAUCAUUCUAAAAAAUAAAACUAUAAUUGUAUCA